AUGCGAUCGAAGUUGGACGUUUCACUUUUUGGGCGAAAAAGAUUUGCUUACGCCAUGAAGAAGGUUUGCAACGAAAGUAACAGACUUGACGCGCAACUGCAGAAAGCGGCAGCGGCCGACGCGACUGCAGAGCCGAAGCCCAACGUUCGUUCCUCGGACGAGUUUGCCUUUGGUUACGAGCCAGAGGACUUCCUCGUCUCUCGACCAUGGAUCUACUACAUGAAGAAGGCGGCAACAUGUCACCACGAAACACGCGCUAAGAUUUUGCAGGAGUUUCAAGGCCGCCGAGCCUUCAAGAUGCUCGAGGCUUAUGACGCAAGAGGCGUUGUGGCUGAAGUAUACGACUAUCAAAAGCACUGGCCGUUUGUGUGGCAGUUUAAAUACGCGGACGGUACGGAGGAAGAUGUAGAGGAGCCCGCCCGCGAUACGUUAUUUCUGAAAGAUGCGGUACCCAUACACUAUCGGCUAACAACAAAAAAGUCUAGUCUGAAAGUCGGGACCAUCAGAGGAACAUUUGGCAUUCACAUUUAGUACAAACAAGUCAUGAGUUCAGUUUUUUCCACGUGAAGCUCCAAACUUUUUCCAAUACAGGAGGAAAUCGCCGAUGAGCUCAGCGAUGGGGAGCUGGAAGAUGUCAACGAGGGAGAUGCGGCGACUGCGACUACCACUGCGACGAAAGGUAGUAUCGAUCUAUCUAGAUAGUGAUAACAGACUUGCUCAGCCGUAGUUUGAAUCAGCUAAAUGACGCCUGUGAUGAUCGUACGUAUCAGCGUGAGCUCAACUAGAUCAUCUACUAGUAAAAUAAGCCAACUUGUGCGAGCUCUUCAAGAACAGGAUCAGUAAUGCUUUUCAUUUAUAUACUUCGGUAGUUCAGUCUCAUAUUGAAACAAACUCCUCGUUGCCAUGCAGAAUUAGCCUCGUUGCACAUUGCUAACACCUCUUCAGUUGACAACCCGCGUCGAGGAGCAAAACGAAAAGCCCGAGCGGCCUACUAUGCCACGAAAGCGUCUCAGGCUAAAUCUUCGCAAAAGCAGAAGGCUGCAGACUCCAACACUGGCGCAGAUGUAGACUGCGGCGCGAGCGCAGAUGAGUCCGAAGAACACGAGGAGGGCGAAAAGUGGUAUCAUCAGCCUGAUUCCAUGUGGUACCAGAUAAGCGACGGUGAGUGGAUUUCCUACAGCAGCACGGGCGCACCACAAGCAGCCAGCACGUCUUCUGCACAGGGCGCACCAGUACAAGCCGAAGCACACGGGAGCGAGAGUGGCUCAUCGAGAGCUCUUGUCGACGGUCAUGCUGCAGCGCAUGCAGCCGGUAAGGCCAAUGCUGGCGCAACAACGCAGAAUACAGGCAAGAAGACCCGGCGCCUUCGGAACAUACCAUGGAUUCUGGUCAGUCACGAGGACGAAUUGGCUUACAAGUGGUUCGAAGCAGCGAAGACGGGCUCUGAGCCAAGUUGUCGAAGAUUGAAGGAAGAGCUUUUGCGACGAGACUACCACAUUCACAAGGGUACUUUGUUCUAAAUCCUACUGCAAAAAAUAUGGCUAGUUGUAGAUACAUUCACUUUGAAAAUAAAGCAAGCAGGUACUGAAAAAGUGGGCCGAUGUUCACUGUGGUCUAGACUAGCUACGACCACUAGUUGACGACCAGACUGCGUUGCCGGUCAAUGCUUUACAAAUCUCUAUGACCAGGUGGGAUGCACGUUUAUCGCGAUUAUCGUGGACGGUCUGCACUGCAUUUUACAGCAAUGACUGGCAACGAGCAGGCAGUGGAGGCACUGAAGGACUUGGUGAAUUGCCAAGAUGAGGAAGGACGGACGCCGUUGCAUAUUGCGGCGUGGUUCGGCAAUCGUAUCUGCUGCGAUAAGAUCAUCCGAUAUGGCGCAGACAUUGACCUUGUCUGCUACAAAGGAAAGAAAGCCAUUGACUACAGCCGCAUUUUGGGGCACAGAUCUACGACGCAGUCGCUUGUCCGGUUUGGGCUCGCUGAAGAUCCAAAGCCACGAGAAGAGAGAAGGAGAGUGGGCGAGGAGCAUGAGCCUGAUUCUGGUACUUCAUCUUCUAGUAUGUAAAUAAGUAGUCUAGCCCAUGAUCCUAGACGUAGUUCGAUCGCAAAGAAGUUUUAUCUCAUCAAUUUGAUGUUGAAGAGGCUGCUAGUAAUGCAUUGACUUUCUAUUAAGUUAGGAAAGAAGAAGAGCUCACUGCUGCUCCACCACAGAUGACGACCCCGACGAGGACAAUAGAGACGACAUGUCUGAAUGCGACCGCGAGGUCGAUGCGAAAAUGGAUGGCGAUCCGGAUGCCGCGGAUGUAGUGCCAAGCAACCCUGCCGUUUACAAGCCCUACAAUGGAUGCGAGCCGUUUCCGCCACGGCAGAAGGUGUGGAGCAAGUGGAAAGGCGACUACUAUCGUCGCACCAUCGUCACGGCAUCGGAUGGUAGCAGAAAGAAGAAGUGGAUCAAGUGGCAAGAUCAUUUCCAGAUGCAUGCUCCAGUAUUGCCCGACAAAGGAAAAGGCAAGAAAGGCCGCAUGAUGAUGAUGAUGGGUCACAACUUCAAGGGUGGAUCAUACGAACCAGCUUCCGCGAGCUGGGAUGCCGAAGGUGCAAAUAGAUAUCGCGGACAGUUGCAGACUGCUGGCAACGGAGGAAACUACACUUUUUACGAACAAUUUUCUGCUUCGCCGGCGGAUCCAUAUACGCAUGGAAAGGGCGACGGUGGAAUGCACUCGUACGGUUACUAUGACGAGCAAGCGAACUACGCGCGCGGGUCCUACACGCAGCAUCGCCCGGAGGCGUUUAGUACUCCAGACACUCACCCCUAUCCAGCAUGGCAACCAACACCGACAACGCAAGACACUUGGGGAGCGCAUUCAUCGAGCCCAGACUAUUACGAAAGCGCCGUAGGAGGUACUCUCUUCUUCUUGGUUUGAGCGGUCUUUUUGCUGCUCUCUAGACGGAUGCUUUUAGGCAGAGGAGUGCGGUAUCGGACUCUACUUUAUGAUAUUAUGAUAAUCUCAAUCGUUUCUAAAUCAUAAGUACCUGAGUUAGAAGUUUGCUGGUCCUCUUGUUAAACGCUGUCUAGUCCAUUCGUGAUAAUCGCAAUUACAGUCCUCCUUUGACCCUCAAUUCUCUGGUUUCCUGGGACAUAUAGUUACUCUUUGAGUCAACGUGAUCUGUAUCUUCAUGAACAGGUACGCAGCACAUGACGAGCCGCGGAUAUGACCAAUUUAACAAUCCGAGCGACAGACGAUAUCAGGCCUAUAGCGGCACAGCGAUGAUGGGCUACUACGGCGAUGCGCAGGCUAACGCGAAUAGUUUCGCAGCUGGCUUUGCUGCAGGAAGCGCCGGCGCAUACAGUUACCCUCACCCUCCCACUGCACCAAGUGCCACACAGCAUCAGAUGCAGCUGGGGCCGAAUCCUGCCGAGGAACCGACUGCUGGUGACAGCUGGGCAGCUGCAGCUUCGUCCAGUGUAUCUUCGCACCUUCAGCGCCUGGCGGAUGCAGCUUUCGAAAGGGCGCAACUGCCCGCGGCGACCGGGCCCUUAACGGCGCUGACACAGCCACCUCAGCCAUCUACUUUCCUCGAGCAGACUGCGGCUACGAGAGGGCUUCCUCUAGAUUUUUCGGAGAACCGCGAACGUGAGCAGGACCACAGCAAGGAUCUCGUGAUGGGAGAUGGUGGCGUGGCCGAGCGAUGGAACAACAUGUCAACGCCUCCGGUUCUCGAUAGUCCCAGUCUACAAAGCGAUAAGGGAGGCCUAACUCCAGCUCCGGACGCCUGGGGCGCGGCGAAUGAGGAGCUUCUCUUCCCAAAAGUCGCAGUCAACAACCAAGAAACACGCGACGCAGCGCGCGACGAGUACGAUGCUGCAAUGAAGAUCGUGGAGGAAGAUCGCGAGCGGUACUUUUAUUGCAUUGUGAAAAACAUAUUAACCUUCCUAGGACACAUAUUUCUUAUUACAUUGUAGCGCACUUUAUAUUAACCUUUCUAGCGUACUUUUAUUACAUUGUAGGACAAUCAUCUUUCAACACUAGGGACAAAAGAAAAAUAUAAAAAAAUGACGCUUCUCUUGUAUAGUGAUCUAUACUCGUAUCCCAGCGAUAGCAGUUCUACUGCUGUAGUAAGUUCUGAGUUCGAGGCUCAGAAAGAUCUUGUUCGUUUGAGAAGAUAUUGCGUCCUUUGGUCUUACACGGUCCACCUCAAUAUUCUGAUUGCGACCCUCUCAGAAGAUCGAGAUCGUUUCCACUUGAUCACUACACCGAAUGAGUCAAUAAUUUUUCGUUCCACCGUUCACUACAAUUUCAAUUUAUGCGAAUAGAAAUAUAGACUCCACCAGAAGUCUGUCUUGGUAACAACAUCUUUGCUUCAUGUACUUCCUGCAUCAGUCUUUUUCUUGACGUCAACAGGUCAUCUGGCUCAGCAUUAUCUGCUUCAACGUUCCCGGUGGUUCCGGUCCAGGAAGAGAGGCCGCAGAGUUAUUUUGAGCAAUUGCUAGCGUCUGCGAAACGAUCAGAGGACAGCGAAAAUGGUUUAGGCAGUACAUUGGAGGCAAGCUGUGCUCCCCCUACCGUGGCUGGAGAGGAGUUCUCACGUGAAAAGCAGUUGCCCCCGGGAUCACCGCCACCGCCUCCCGUCUCAGGUAUCGCGAUCGUGUGAGGAGCAAUUACUUUUGUGUGGUUUUUAUGUGUUGAACUUCAAUGUAGAGUUUGAUCGUGACCUCUAUCAUCAAAAAAAGAAUUUUCUUCAUCUUGAUCUUCGUAAAACAUUUUCGUUUUUUCUCAAUCGCGAUUUUUCUUCAACGAGCAUCAAUACAAAUAUCAGGUCCGACUGCGGCACCCCCUCCUCUCCCUGAUCACUUGCGUGCUAAGACUCCGCCCCCAGUUCCCAUGAGCCUUUACCGCCCUCCGCCAGGUUUCGUUCCCUAAGGUUCAGACUUUAGUUAGACGCAGCUCGUGCUCCAAGACGACAAAGAAGAAGCACUUUGCUGCCUACCGGUUAUUGUGCAUGCAACGAAGUGGUAACUGAUCUGUAUCACGGAAUGAGUGGUUGCAGCAUCACUCUUUCGUGAGGCAUUUCUCAUACUCAUGAGUGACGUAGAUGAUGAUGAUGAUGAUGACGUCUACCGAGACGGUAGGCGUUCAUCCUGAUUACAGCUGCUGAUUAGAGAUUAGAGUACAGCAAUGAAUAGAAUGUGCACGCUAAUACUAGACCCCUAGGGCUUCGCUCGUGGUUUCUGCUACUUCUCUAGACGUUUCCAGACUGUUCGGCACUCUUGUCCUGUACUCUUGUCGUGUUAGAGAUUAGAGCACAACAAUAGUUCGAAAUGUGCAGGCUAAUAUUAUUAGGAAGCUGAGGCACGCACAGGCUUCGGCCGUCUUUGAUGAGAAGACCUCCAGGGCAGUUGGACGAACUCGAGGCGCCUAGAAUAAACGGAUCCUAGCAUAAACGUGGCCACUAUAGUCCUUUUUUGAAUAGUUGGGCUUCUUCCUUUUUAUGUAAUUCUAUUUCCUAGUUAGACGUGCUCCACCGGUAUUAUUAGGAAGCUGCCGAUGAUGAUCCCCCCCUCCUUCCCUUUGGCUUCUGAGCUCCUCACUUCAACACUUUGGAGGUCGUCGUGUAUAACCGCUAUUCGUUUCUUCGUCGUUCGAUAUAGUAAUUUGCAUAUCUUGCAAGCAUGGUUUUUAUCGAACAACAUCAUUUUCGUUAUCAUUUCAGCAUAUAACAGUUUUAGUUCGUACCUCAUGACUCGUUCCCAACACCGAACAUUCCACAUACAUCAAUCCUCGACGUGUCCCUAUUCUUAUGAUUAGAGAUUAAUAUUUUGAUCAUUAUCAUUAUGGUUGUGUAUCUUCCGGUUUGAUUCACUCAACUUUCGAACUCGUAAUGUAAAUUUUCUCAUGAAAUAACAAUGUAACAAGCCAUCAGCCCAGAACAACGAAGUUGUUGCUUUACGGCCACUGACUUCGAAAUGGUAGAUUCACAUCGAGAAUUCACGUUGACAUGUUGAUGAUUGGCCUUCACAGAUCCGAACGUCACGACCUUUUGCGUCAAUUUCAAGACGAGAUUUGGAAGGAAGAUUGACAUGAUCAUGAUGGAGAUAGACGUUGUAAAGAUGCAACAUCGGCAAGAAGUCUUCUGAUGUGGUGCCAUGAAGUCAUCUCCUUUGGUCUAACGGUCCAAAUUUAUUCUUCCGGUUUAGGAGAAGUCAAUAGAACAAGAUAGCUGGUGCUGGGGCAACCUCAUCUGCUGUUCCGGUUUAGGAGAAGUCAAUGGAAGAAUGCUGGCAACUUCAUCAAACGCGAUAAGAAGACGAGGGUCACAGCGAGC